AGUUAGGGAAACUUGUCAUCUGACCUGGUUUGUGUUUAACUGAAUUACAACAGUGUCUCAAAACUGACAAUGGCUAUAUUUCAUAAUGCUUUUAUAAAAACACCGACUAUCAUCUCUGUUAUUUUGUAUGUCUUAACACUUAACUUGUCAUUCAAAACAGUCACAUGGGCGACGACUACAGCAGCUAAUCUGCCUGACCCCUGCUACAACUACACUGUGCUGGAUGAUCCAUGGAGAUCCACCAGUAAUACAUAUGGCUUACAUUCAUAUUACAUGUGUGACCAGUCAGUCACCUGGAGCGGCUGGUAUCGUCUCUUCAUCAACGGUCUGAGCGCUCACAUCCCAGACACAUGUGUUGCUCAGUACAGCUGUGGCACUGAUAUUGCACUGUGGAUUCGUGGUGGACACCCAACAGUUCAAGAUGGAGUCGUCACUCGAGAUGUCUGUGGUAACUCUGGCAGUUACUGCUGCUAUUUCGGGUCUUACCCCAUUAAAGUCAAAGCCUGUCCAGGCAAUUAUUAUGUCUAUGAGCUGGUUAGUCCAGCUUGGUGCAAUCUUGCAUACUGUGCAGACGUUAGCAGCGUUAACACCAGCUCUACAGCCGUCACACCAGCGACCCUCUCUACAGCUACUCUACCUGACCCCUGCUACAACUACACUGUGCUGGACGAUCCAUGGAGAGCCAACAGCAGUCAGCUAUCAAGCUCCUACAAGUGUGACCAGUCAGUCACCUGGAGCGGCUGGUAUCGUCUCUUCAUCAACGGUCUGAGCGCUCACAUCCCAGACACAUGUGUUGCACGUGGUAGCUGUGGCACUGAUAUCGCACUGUGGAUUCGUGGUGGACACCCAACAGUUCAAGAUGGAGUCGUCACUCGAGAUGUCUGUGGUAACGCUGGCAGUUACUGCUGCUAUUUCGGGUCUUACCCCAUUAAAGUCAAAGCCUGUCCAGACAACUAUUAUGUCUAUGAGCUGGUUAAUCCAACUUGGUGCAAUUUUGCAUACUGUGCAGAUGUUAGCAGCGUUAUCACCAGCUCUACAACCAUCACACCAGUGACCCUCUCUACAGGUAAUGCAAUACACUUUAUCUUAUUGACUUGA